AUGGGCCGGGAUUGCGCCAAAGAAGACUCCAAACAUUAUCUAGGCUUCGUCUUGAGCGAUCCAAGGCUCAGGCCGCGGUUGCUCGGGCCUUUAUACACUCCAAAUCCUCCAUGGGCCUCAUCUUAUCGCUAUCCGAACAUGUCUCGGUAUAAAAUGAGUUUCUCCUUGAUGGUUGAUCCAAAUUGCCUCAUUCUACUUCGACGCGAUGAAUUACUCAAAUAUCUAUACAGCAAGACCAAGAUCAUCUCCUUUGGACGUCGGGAAGUCCUCCGUUCGCGGCCAAACUUCCGAAGCUUCGUUUAUGCUCGAUAG